AUGUUGAGCUCAUUCAACUGUGGAGAUGACUCGAUUUCAAACUUAUCAUGCGAGGAACUCCAGAAAUCUAUUUCUGACAUAAAGACUAAUACAUCUAAGGAAAUUCUGGAAAAUGAAUGUUAUAAAAGCUUUUUGGGAAAAUUAAAUAUCGAAAUUGAAAAGCCUCCACCAUCUGCCAGUCGAAGAGCAUCACUUGUUAGGAAGCGUUCCAAGAGCAGGAGUUCUGCAUUGGAUAGGCUUAUCACACUUAGUUUCGAGCAGAAAUGUCUUAUCCUCCAAACACAAUAUGAGGAGUUCAGAAAUCACGUUGAGCAACAGAAGAAAGAAUACGAAGAAAGGCUGGACACGCAGAAAGCGGUAUCGGAAGAGCUGAAAACACAUCAAGAGGCAAUCACAAAAAGCUAUAACCUUUUUGAAAAGCUGGUUAGCAAAGAACGUGCAUCCAGCGGCACAAGAUUUCUUCCUGCUGGAAAGUUUUUGCAGUUUUCUGAUGACUACUGCAAAUUCCUAGACACCUUGUCAGACAAACUGCGCCUGAAAAACAGUUCACUAAAAACUGCUCUUAAGAAAAUAAAAGAACAACUGCGACAAAAAGAAACUGGAGAAGUUCUUAGUGCAAUCGAUUUCGAACAAAUGAAGAUAGACAAUACAAAAUGUCUUGCUGAGAUUGAUGAAAAAAACCAUACAAUUCAGAAGAUGAAAAUAACUGCUGCUAGAACUCUUCAAAUACUAAGUGGAUAUAAAAAAAAACUGAGUGAAGCAUUACAGGAGCAAAAAUAUACCAAAGAAGAACAAAACCAGAGACGAGAAAUGCAAAGACGCGUUGAAAGUGAGGAUAUUCUAGCAAAACAGGAACUUAAAACAGAGAGAGCACUUAACCAAAAAUAUGAAGACCAAAUCUCAUCAUAUUGCGUACCUGCUGUGAUAGAUUUUGUUAAACUUGUCAGCGAAGAACGAGAUUUGACACGCAAGCAGAAUAUAUACAGUAGGAGACUGAAAAUUGCAGAAAUGGCACUACAUUGUCAUAAAAAGCUUUGGUGGCAAAUUCAACGCACCAGCUUGAAUAGAGCAACUUAA